GUUGGUAAUUCUGAUCACACCGGCUGAUUAGCGAAUUUAAAAGGACUACAGAGAUUUGGAGGCUAUGUUUGCGAGUUGCACGCGUAGUUUCAAGUACUCGCAAGAUGAUUUCCAUUUCUGCCUUGCAAAGAAUCUCGAUGACAAGAAUCGCUAGCAAGUUCUACGGAUCUUGUCUUCGAACUAUAAGUAAAAACUCCGCUGACAAUUCUGUAAAUAUCAAUGCAGUGGUGGAAGAUGACACGCCCAUACAAAUUCAAAAUCCCUUUGUAAAAGAGAAACGUCAAUGUAUCUUGUGUAGAUUGAAUAUUGAUCCGGAUUACAAAAAUGUAAGAUUGCUGUCUCAAUUUCAAAGUCAAUACACAGGUAGGAUAUAUGGAAGACACAUAACUGGAUUGUGCGAACAUAAACAGAAGAGAUUAGAAGAAGAAAUUAAAAAAGCUCAAUCUGCAGGUUUAAUGGCUUUUUGGACCAAAGAAGUAAAAUAUUUCAAAGAUCCACAACUAUUUGACCCAAAUAAUCCAUUCAGGCCGCAUAAAUUUUAGACAAGUAAUGACAAAAUCAUAAAUAUACACGCAAAUAUAUGUAUUAGAUAUAUAUUAAAAAUAAAAAUCAGUUACAUCAUAGAUGAAUUAA